GGAAAGCUACCCCGAAGGUGGUUGGCAAAUUCGUCCCCAAACCUGUGGUGUGUAAAUUUCAAUCUCAAUCUGAAUCUCAUUCUUUUGUUUCCGUAACCUAACUCCACAAACCCUUAUUCCUUUCUCUUCCCUCGCUUCCAGGUAUUUCAUCUCUUUCCCUCCUUUUCAAUUUCCCCCUCAAUAAUCUUUUUGCCUCAUCUAGAAUUAUGUAUAUUUUUUAAAUAAAUCACAUCAAACUUCAAUCAUUCUUAUUUCCCCCCCCCCCCCCCCCCCUUUUUUUGGGGCAAGUGUAGGAUUUCGAUUGUUUGCUAACCUUAGGGUUAAUUCGAUAUAUAAUCGGGUGUCAAUUUUUGUGGGUUCCUCAUAUUAGGGUUUCAGUGUUCCCCCAAUUUGUUAUUUUCAUUGGCUUCGGUUUGGGAAUUUUGAAUUUGUCACGUUGCAGGGGUUUGAACAGUCAACCCUUUUGAUUCAUAGAGUAGGAUCCAUUUUUUAUGGCAUUUGAGUGCCCGCAGACUACUAAGGUUUCUCAAAAAUUGGUACAAUUUGUAGCAAAUCCAGGUAUAGGUAUAGUUGAACCAAAUCAGCUUAGUCCCAAAUUUGUUACUGAAGGAAUAGUUACAUCUAAUCUUGUUCUGAAUACCAAACGUGAAUCUGGGAAAGGUGAGAAUUUAAAGGGGGCAUCCAAGAUUAAUUCCAGGAAAGGAAUCAAAGCCUCGGCCAGUACUUUGAACCAAUCGUCGAUUCCUGGUGAUGUGGUUUUUGAUUGUCGUCGGUGCAUCACCGACCUUCCUCCGGCAUUGAUAUCUGAGAUUCUUAAUUGCCUUGACCCGAAAGAUCUCGGCGUUGUUUCGUGUGUCUCCACAAUUUUCCAGAGACUUGCAUCCGAGCACCAUGCUUGGAAGGAGUUCUAUUAUGAAAGGUGGGGACUGCCAACAGCUCUCGUGGCUGCGGAUUCAGAGGAUUCAGGGGUCUCAGAUGAUAAGUCAUGGAAGGAACGUUUUGUGGAAAGGGAGUUUAGGAGCAAGACUUUUAUGGGACGUUAUAGUAUUGAUGUGCUGUAUGGCCAUACUGAAGCAGUUCGGACUGUUUUCUUAUUGGCUUCUGCGAAGCUCAUAUUUACCUCUGGGUAUGACACCAUUGUGAGGAUGUGGGACAUGCAGGAUGGCUUGUCAAUUGCAUCAUCACGACCCCUUGGCUGCACCAUUCGUGCCGUUGCAGCAGAUAUAAGACUGCUGGUUGCUGGCGGUACUGAUGGAUUCAUUCAUUGUUGGAGGGCUGUUGAAGGACUGCCCCAUCUGUUUGAGCUUAGAAGCUCCCAAAACCAGAAUAGACUUUGGGGACAUGAAGGUCCAAUCACUUCACUUGCUUUAGAUUUGACAAGGAUUUAUAGUGGUUCAUGGGACACAACUGUUCGAGUGUGGGACCGUCAUUCAAUGAAGUGCACUGCAGUGCUUAGACACAGUGACUGGGUCUGGGGACUUGUCCCGCAUGAUACUACAGUUGCCAGUGCAUCAGGUUCAGAUGUGUAUGUUUGGGACACUAAUAAUGGAACUUUGAAGACCAUUGUUCAAAAUGCUCAUGUUGGCAAUACUUAUGCUUUGGCACGGAGCCAUAUGGGGGACUUCCUUUUUACUGGAGGUGAAGACGGUGCAAUACACAUGUAUGAGAUUGUAAAUGAUGGCUCUGAGACUAAAGCUUGGCACGUGGCUGCUUGGGUUCCUCACUCAGGUCCUGUAUAUUCACUUGCCUUUGAGUUUCCAUGGCUUGUUUCAGCAUCAAGUGAUGGCAAGCUGGCUCUAAUUGAUGUGAGGAAGCUGCUGAGGACAAGCAAGCGAGGUCUGGGGAAGAGAGUUUCAAAGUUAAAGCAUUUGAGUGUAGACACCGUGGAGCCUCCACAGAGGAUGUUGCACGGAUUUAAGAGCAAUCUUUUCUCUGUAGAUAUAGGAGCUGAUAGAAUUGUCUGUGGAGGUGAAGAGGGUGUUGUCAGGAUUUGGAAUUUCACGGAAGCCUUGGAAAUUGAGCGUAGAGUCCGUGCAUUAAGAGGAAUGCGAUUAGAGAACAGGAUGAGGCGGCGGAAGCUCCAAACAGAGCUGAGCAAUAAAAAUGGUCGGAGUGAUCAAUGUUCAGUUGCAGCCAAGAAGAAUUCUGCAACUUGUAUUUGGCCCAAUAAACGUGGGAUGAGUGGAAAACUGAAGGCAUAGUCACCGAGGUCAUCAAAUAUUUGCUUCUAUGCACCAAUUGCCAAUCUUUAUAGUUUUUUUUUUUUCUUCACAAAAUUGAUGUAUACGAUAUUUUAGUUUCAAGCAGUUAAAUUGGCCAACUUAAGUUUCUCUCCGUAUUAUGAUAUAUUUAGUGUCAUUGAGUGGUGAUCAGAUCAGACUACUUCCAUCUGCAUAUCAAUGGUACAAUUCCUAAAUGAUAGUACUACUUUCAGAGAAUUGUUUUUACACAAGGUAUUUCCACUAGAAAUCUAUUGGUGCAUUUGAUAAAACGUAUCGACUUAAAAUGGACGGAAGAUA